AUGCUCUUUUUGCACCUUAAAAUGUCUUUUUUUUUUUCUUUGCUUACAGUGGUUAUGAUGUUGGCCACGGCAAAGUGUCUUCCAAAAGCUCUCUCGCCGUACGCAAAAGCAUUAAGGCAUGUUGCUCUUAGGGGUGCAGUGGCCUUUGGGCCAAGCGCUAAGGAAAUGGAGUUGGAUAUGUAUCGAAAAGGCACGCUGCCCCCCGACUACCGCCCUCCAGUGCAAGGAAAAUGGGAUGACACCAUUGAGCGCUGGGCGUACGCCUGGCAGUUUCCAGCCGAAGAAGAGCAAGAGGAUAUUGUGGGCGCCGUGGAACGCAACUCUUCAGGCAUGCAGGCCUUGUUAGAGUUUGGUAAUAGGUUAUUACAAUCACCGCCAUCCGCGCAGCCGCAUUCGGGGAAGUAUUCCAAAGUUUAUCCCCCAAUUACUGGUGGGCCAAAUAAUGGCUUAACAGGGCUAAUUUCGCACUCCUCUAAUUACGAACACUUGGAGCAGGCUGUAUCGGAGCUCAUAAUAUCAAGCGAUACGGAAUCUUUUUUGCAUGACACGAUGACUGCAGCAGAGCUUUCAGCAAGAGCCGACGUCCCAGUGGCGUACAUCGACGAUAACUCCGAGUUAAGUAACGCCAGCAAGGAGCUUGCAUGCAUAUUGGAAGAAUUUGGUUUGGAAUAUACGGAAGAUGGUUUGAUCACUGUGAUCUCUGCCCUUUCACAGCAGCAAUACUCAUCAAUGAGUCGGGCAAUUUUUGAUUUUGCGUGUACCGUUGGAUUGGGUCCUUCUGCGGAGUUGUAUAAGGCUUUAAUGAGACAUGCUUCUCGAAGGGGCGACGUGAAUGAGUCGAUGGCCCUCAUAGAAGAAAUGAAGGCGAAGGGAAUAACACCACGUAUUGGCAAUUGGCAUGAACUUAUGCGUGCUUUUCACCAGGCGAACGACUACCCCGCUGUGAGUCAAAUUGUGGAUAACAUGAAGAUGUACGCCAAUAUCGAACCAAAUGAAGUAACGUUUGCUCUUCAGCUGAAGGCUCUUGCCAAGGAUUCUUCCCAAAUGAACUCCCUCGCCGAGUCAAUCCAGCUCUUUGAUCAAAUGGAGAAUGUGUAUGGUUUUAUUGCAUCGCGUCCCCAUUACGACGCAAUGAUGUAUCAUUUGAGUCAGAGUCCCAAACCAGAAAUGCGACUUCGUUGUGAAGAGCUGGCACAUAAAAUGGAACUUAUGGGUAUUGUUUGGAAUGCCAACACGUACCUCAAUCUCAUCCGAUCCGCUCAAGUAGUGGGAGACAUUUCAGCCGUGGAGAAGUAUCUAAGUAAAAUGCGAGAUGACGGAAUUGUUGUGGGCAUUACACACCUGUCCUGGGCUAUUCAAGCACAUGCACAAAGUAUUAUCCGUCUCGACUAUGCUGCGAUGAGGGAGAAGUCUGAAGACCCUCUUCCUAUAUGGCUUGAGCACCUUGAAACAUGUUUUGGCAUUUACGAAUUGGUUGUCCGACGUGGAUGGACGAUGCAAUUGCCGUUUGUCAAUGCGCUUCUUCGCUUGUGUUGCCAGACUACAAUGUUGGCCAUGGAGCACUCGCCAGACCAAACAACGACGAUUGGGCGAUUUGAAGAGCAGUCUAACAAGAUAUGGAACCAAACAUUUGAAGAAUGGCAUCUUAAAAAGGACGUUUACAGCUAUGAAUGCUAUAUUGCCCUUUUGGCGCAUCAACAGCGUAUUGAUGAGGCAGAAAAACUUUUUCAAGAAAUGGUACUAAAGGAAGAUUUGACCCCUUCUAAAAGGACGUACGAUUGCCUCAUUUUUAUGCACCUGUCGUCCGGUGAGGAGGGAGGAACAGCAAGGGCCCUUCGGUACUUGGAGGCCAUGGAGCGCGCUGGCAUUCAAAUUAGACCGUCGCUCCUGAAGAAGAUUGUUCGCGUAAAUAAUGCCGCAGGUUACAAACGCGAUAUGAAGCGGCGUGCACGGCGCAUCAUGCAGGCCAGAGAAGAGUACUUUGCAAGAAAGGAGCAGAACAUUGGUUUUAAUGAGGACGCGCCUUCAUCGUCAGUAUCGUCAAAAGCGGAUGUUGAUUCAGAAGGCAAUUCUGUUCUUACACCCCUACCGAUUUCGGCGUCUUCCACACUUGCCUGGUGGGAACAAUGGAAAAGGGAGACAGCGAGCAAACAUGAGCUGUUUGCUGAGGAGAACACAGAUGGCACCCCAAAGGGCGAGACUUUUGAUGAGAAAAAUGAGGCACUAAGGCAGCUUGGAAUAAACUCUGCAUUUCCGACCAAGGAUCAUCUCCCGCGUCUCGACAGGCAAAAGAUACUGCCUCAGAUUCGUUCAGAAGAAGGGGAAAUGGCUGGCAGCCUUUGGGCAAUGGACGGUGGAGAGUUUUCGUACCCGAAGGACGGUGGAGGGCCGCAGGGGUGGGGUAUACGACUUUGGCGUGAGCGACAAGUCGUCAAGCAGGAGUAUCAAAAAGUUAUUGAUGGAUCCCAGCCAGUGCCGCAGCUCUCAGCCAUUGGAAAUGCAGUUCGAACGACUAGCACCCAGUUGGAAAUUGAGAAGAGUGGCGCACGCACACCAGGGGAACUAUCGGACCAUCAUCAAUUUCCGCAUCAUUGCUUUGAUAGCGGGGCGUUAAAACCACCGUUGGAGACGGCAGCGCCCGUUCCUCUUUCUGGAGAACUGGUUUGGCAAGGAGAGUCCCGUGACAAUUUGGCACCUUACAAGUCUGAUGAGGAAAUAGCUCUAGAAAACGACAAUACAUUCUUCUCGGACUUGUCUGAAGAGGCCGAAAAGAAGAUGGACGCCUCAGUGAUGGCCAUUCAGAAGAGGGAGGAGAAUGCACUGGAGAUCAAAGGAAAAGGUGUGACCCGACGCUCCAAGUACGAUUAUCUGGAAAAAUGGCGAGAGAUGUACCGUCAUGGUACUCUUGAGGUUCCUGAAGGACCGACAUUGCGUUUUGGCCGUAGUCCAGACGAUCACAAGGAUACAAUGGCAGCUCUGGUACGUGAAUGGUAUUUGAGAAACAGAAAAACUCCGGCUACUUUAGAGGACCUUCAACGGUGGGAGAGCGAUUCACAACGAGAGAAGGAGGCCUCCAUCUCAAGAAAGGCCCUAAAAAAAAGAAAGCGGAUAAGGAGUCAUCACAAAGGGGAGUAA